GUGAACGACUCAAUUUGAAUGACUGUAAACUGAUUGUUCAUUUCAUUAAACGACUGUCAUAGCCAAGGAAAAAAGUUUGGGACGUAUUAUAUACAAUGAAAGGUAGACUAAGAGCGAUUAAGACCAGUUAACAUUCCUUUGAAAAGAUGGAUUUUUAGACUGAAAUUUGGAUUGAUCUGAUUGGAAAUCCCAGCGUGGUGAAAAGCAGCUAAGGCACAUUUGGGGACAUCAUCAGCUCAGAAAUGGCCUCUGCAUCUAAUAAUUUAUUCCAAAAUGACAAAAGGACGACAAGUAGUGAUUCUUGUAAAUUAUGCACACCACCAACACCGAAGAAACACUCAGAUAUGGAAGUGCACAACUCUAAUAUCGAUGUUCAUGAAGAAAACCCAAUUAUGAGCCGCCAUUGUAGCAGUUAUCUGAAGAAUAUAUGUGCUCCAGCAGAAAGAAAUGAUGCAGCUAAUGUAGUCUCUUGUAAAAAAGGCAAAGAAAACGCGGCCACAUGUAACAUCACAGCACCACCCAGUACAAACUACAGGAAACGCCACAUGUCCUGUUCAUGGCCAUGGUCCAUAAAAGAAACUAAAAGAGAGGAGGCCAAGACAAUUAGAACUAGUUUAGGUCUAGUUGAUGGUAUUCUCCAUUCAGCAGAUGGUAUUGAGCUUGAAGAACAAGAUAAGUUGGGCGGAAGUGCUGAUCCAGAAAGAAUCACAAUUGACUCAGGUGUUGCAUCUUUAAACUCAGUUGAAUGAGUUGAUCAACAGACAUAUUCAUAAACAUAACCAUCAAUUAAUUAAUGUUCAGUUGUAUAUCAUUGUUUGUGAAUAGUUUGCGUCUAUAGGCAAACUGAUAUUCA